AUGGCCAAGUACCUGGCCCAGGUCAUUGUGAUGGAGGUGCAGGUGGUAGGCAGGGCUUUAGCCCAGGCCUUGUGGCAGGAGUUUGCAGCCAGCUGGGCAGCAGCUGACACCUGGGGACAUGCCGGACACCAGUCUGUAGCCACUUCCAACCUCUCCAGCCUCAGCCUCCAGUAGGCACAGUAGAUUCUCAGGGUCUCCAAGCUGAGCCCUGAUGAGGUCCAGAAGAACUAUGAACACUUAUUUAAGGUGAACGAUAAAUUCAUGGAUGGCUUCUUCUACCUGCAGUCAAAGGUGGUCCAAGAAAAGGAGCACCUGGAUGAGGGACUCAGAAUCUUGGCCCAGGAGGACAGAGUUAAGGGUCAUAUGCCCAAAAUGUGA